UUUCUCCAGCAGAGCGGAGCGCGGGAGAGAGGACCCGAGAGCUGAGCGGCUGGUUCAGCGCGGGUCUGCGGGCUCUCCACCGCUUUAGAGUCCGCACCUGGCACCUCAUAGACCCCCCACUCCCGCCCUGCACCAGCCUCCGUUCCAGCCAAGGACCACUGACACCAGCAUGGACUGCUGCACCGAGAGCGCCUGCUCCAAGCCGGAUGACGACAUUCUAGACAUCCCGCUGGACGAUCCAGGUGCCAACGCUGCCGCCGCCAAAAUCCAGGCGAGUUUCCGGGGCCACAUGGCGCGGAAGAAGAUAAAGAGCGGAGAGCGCGGCCGGAAGGGCCCUGGCUCCGGGGGGCCGGGCGGAGCCGGGGGCGCCCGGGGAGGCGCGGGCGGCGGCCCCAGCGGAGACUAGGCCAGAACUGAGCAUUUUCGAAGUUCCCGAACAGAGAUGGAUGCCGCGUCCCUUUCGCAGUGACGAGACUUCCCUGCCGUGUUUGUGAUCCUCUACUUCCGACCAACCUGCCAGCUUCAGGAGCCCUCUCUGCGUCCCCAGAGACUCCCUCUACCAGGCUGACUCCGUCGAGGAGUCGCUAUGUCCACGCCCUUUUAGUUAGUUCUCCAGUCUAGUAUGGUACCCAUUCGCUCAUCCUCCCCACCCUAACCCCAGUCCCCGCGCUCCUAAAUCUUCCUUCUUUAGCUUCUCGCCCACUUCUCCCCGCACCUGCAUGCAGCUCUGCCUCCGCAGCCUCCGUGCGCUUCCCGUCGCUCACUGCGGAGGGCGCCCUACGCGUUGCCCAAGGACACAUUUUAAAAAAAAGUCCUUUCGUUCUGAGCGCAGCUAAAGGGGGCGCCGUGCGUCUCCGUGCUGUUCACGCCCAAGCCAGGCCCCAGAACUUGGGAUCCGGUACGAGGAGAGAGGGGAGGAGGGUUUUUAUGGUGUCACAUACCCCUUGCUGUGAUCACAAGUCCCUAUUUCAUACCCCAACCCCACACCUGCCUGUAAUCUACCCUCCCCUCUCGCCAGUGCAGCCGGAGAGCCGCCUCUCCAGCUCUCUGCUUGUUUAUGCAAACGCCGAGCGCGGGGGAGGCUCGACAGGAGGAGUCUUCCGCGGCCCCGCCCCUGCUCCGGCUGGCCCCGCCCCCACCGGGCUCCUGGGGCUGUGGCCGUGAGGUUUUUUAUCCGCGUGUGCAUGUGACUGUGCUGGGUUGGAAUGUGAACAAUAAAGAGGAAUGUCCAAGUGUUCA